AAAAAAUCACAUUGCCAACGUCAGAAAUUACUAUGCAGAAAUCGGACAAGACAAGGCACAAGCUAUUAUUGAUGAUAUAACAAAGGCGUAUGAGAAUUCGGCAGCUGGUAAUUAAGAGGAAUGAAGGGAAAUAACGAGUGGAUUAGAUCUGCUUCCACCACAGUACUCGGGAUAUCCACAAGCUCCCCCUAUGGGUGCUUCGUUUGGAGGUCCCCCACCACACUUUAUGGGAGGUCGUCCGCCAAUGCCACCACAUAUGAUGGGUCGUCCACCACCACCUGGAUUCCCGCCAUUUGGCCCACCACCACCAGGCAUGCAAGGCCCACCCGGUCAACGUCCACCGUACGGGCGACCGCCGCCACCUGGGUAUUUUAAUGGUCCACGACCGCCACCACCUCCGGGAUCAACUCCACCUUUAGGUGGCCCGCCUCCACAGGGUGCUGCGGGUACUUCACCUCAAGGACCACCUCAAGGCUUUUCGCAGGGACCACCUCCAUUUGGUUCUCCACAAGGUCCUCCUCAUCAGCAGGGUCCUCCUCAAGGCAUGCCACCCAUGCCGCCACAAGGAUCGCCGCCACAAGGUUCUCCACAAUUUCCACCUCACCAGCAACAUCAGCAGCAGCAGCAGCAAGCAGAAAACGCAUCUCCUACAUCUUCGUCACCUUAAAGCACACACACACACACACAAUAAAU